CCACAGUUCCACCCGCAGUCCCCCUUCGACCGCGAGUCGCCACAGCACACGCCAGCAAGCAGCACCGGCCCCUCUCGCUCGCCGACACAUGGACCCCAUCGCCCCCAGCUCCGGCGGCGGCGACCGCACCGCCGACGCCACGGCCCCGACCAACACCACGGUGACGCUCCCGCCGCUCACCCUCCGCGACGUGCCGCGCCUCCCCGCGGCGCUGGCGUCCCCGCCCCCGGCGGUCCCGAACCCCAUCUCCCGCCACCCCUACUACCACCCGCCGUCCACCUUCUACAUCUCCCCGGGGGACGUCUCCCUCCGCCACGCCUUCUUCGACCUCGCCUCCGCGGCGCCGUCCCCGCUCGUCGCCUACCGCCGCGCGGGGCCCCGGAGGGACCUCGCCGUCGACCCGGCCCGCGCGCGCGCCGCGCUCGUCACCUGCGGGGGGCUCUGCCCGGGCCUCAACACCGUGCUGAGGGAGCUCGUCGUCGGGCUCCAGGAGCUCUACGGCGUCCGCGACGUCUUCGGUGUCGCCGCGGGGUACCGGGGGUUCUACGGUGGCGACGAGGACCACGUGCGCCUCCACCCGGCCGCCGUCGACGACUGGCACAAGAAGGGCGGCACCGUGCUCAAGACCACGCGGGGCGGUUUCGAUCUCGCCAAGAUUGUCGAUGGCAUCGUCGCGCGCGGGUAUACGCAGAUAUAUGCGAUUGGCGGGGAUGGAACCAUGAGAGGAGCUGUGGCAAUCUUUCAGGAGUUCAAACGCCGUGGUUUGAACAUAUCCAUUACUGGCAUCCCGAAAACUGUGGACAAUGACAUUGGCAUCAUAGACAGGUCAUUUGGUUUCCAAACCGCGGUGGAGAUCGCUCAGCAGGCAAUUGAUGCAGCACAUGUGGAGGCUGUUAGUGCUGUCAAUGGCGUAGGUCUUGUCAAACUCAUGGGGAGGAGUACAGGUCAUAUCGCCCUUCAUGCCACUCUAAGCAGCCGUGACGUCGACUGCUGCUUGAUUCCAGAGGUUGAUUUCUACCUGGAAGGCAAGGGAGGUCUGUUUGAGUUCCUAUAUGAACGGAUAAAGAAGAAAGGGCAUGCUGUCGUUGUGGUUGCUGAAGGAGCUGGUCAGGAAUUGAUUCCCCGGACUGAUGAGCAGAAGCGAGAGCAGGACGAGUCUGGCAACAUUGUGUUUCUUGAUGUAGGUCCAUGGCUGAAAUCAGAGAUUGGUAGAUGGUGGAAGAGAGAGCAUCCUGAUGAACUGUUCACUGUGAAAUACAUUGAUCCCACAUACAUGAUUAGAGCUGUCCCCGCAAAUGCUACCGACAAUUUGUAUUGCACCUUGCUGGCGCAUUCGGCAAUCCAUGGGGUCAUGGCUGGGUUUACCGGCUUUGUACCUGGUCCGAUAAAUGGGACUUACAGUUACAUACCGUUGGAAGAUGUUGCCGUGGCAAAGAACCCUGUUGAUGUGAAUGAUCACAAAUGGGCAUGGGUCAGAUCAGUCACGAAUCAGCCAGAUUUCCUGAAAUCCUAAGCGUAGCCCUGAAUCUCAGUGGUGUCGCCAAAUUGUAAGAUGACUGAUCCUCACUGCACAUGUUGAAAUGGAUUUCCUCUGAUCCAGUUGCUUCCCUAGUUAUAUUCUAUUCAAUAAGAUGGUAGAUGUUGUCCUCUCCAGUUUGUGUGCUUGUGAAACUCUUCCGUGAAUGUUGGCAGUAAUUGUUGUGCCUGUACGUAUGUUGAAAUAUGUCUUCUCAUGAAUAAAAUGAUGCACUGGAAU